CUGAUCCCAGUGCCAACAAAAAUCUCACUGAAAGCUAAAUGGAAGAAUUUUUGUGAGACGAGUCAGCCGCCUGUGUUUCUCACCUGUAUACACUUGGAAGAAAGACAAAAUCAGAAGACUCUUUAGCUCCCUGCCUCUAAGCUCAAGGAUGCAGUCCACAGAUGCUGGGAGUCUCUCGGUCAUUUUCGCCUGCCUGGCGAUGUGAAUGGAGCAGGAGGCUGAACCCCAGCUGACCUUGAAGGGCUGGCUGUCUUCUUUGGACUCCCUUGCAGGUUCCGGUCCCCAGCGCGCAGCUUUCUGGUGACAAGCGCUGGGCCCCGGGGCCGCUGCGGCCCAGGCCUCCUGGAGGAGGAGGCAAGAUGCAGGCCGCCGGUGCGUGAGGCGGCGAGGCCAGGCAGACGGAGGCCACGUCUCUCGUUCCCGGUUAGGUGCCGCUUCUUCUCGACCCCGAGAGGCCGGGGCAGCGGCAGGAUGGCAGAAACGCUCCUGUUCUGGAAAACGGAGUAGGAUAUCGCCGGCUCGGGGCCAUCGGGCAGCGGUCGGCCAGCUCUGGCCAGCGGCCUCCUGUGGAAACCCCCAGCGCCAUCGGCCAACACGCUCUCCCCGGGUCUUUGGCAGCUGGGAGCCGGGUCGAGACCGAGUCUGGCCAGCCGGAGAGGCCAAAUCUCAGCUCUUGUCGCCAGAGAGCUCUUAGUGGCCCACGGAGAAAGCUGUGCCCGUUGGUGAAUUCCCCAGUGAGAUCAGAGAAAGUCUGGGGCUUUGCUUCAACAGAAUGCUUCUCGGGGUCUCUGUUCGCAGCCACCGCAGAGAGAGGAAGUGCAGAGGCCCCUCGGACCCCAGCAAUGUGGGGUUCCCCUCUCCGGGCACGACGUCUAUGCCUCCGGUGGUCAGACAGAGACAAGGCACAGGUCUCCUUAAUGUUGGGGAAAAGAGGUUUUGAGCGCGAUUCCCCCCCCACCGCCAAGUGGAAUUGUUUUCACGUCCAUCCAGAAAGCGAUUCUGUUUUGUUUCUUUGGUCUUUGGAAUGAACUAUGAUGCGAUCAGAAGACGUCAGAGCUACAGCUGGACGCAAACUUCCACUCUGCCCACGGGAAAUCCGAGGCCACCGAAGGAGACGCUUUCCUGAGGGGCCCCUGGCAGCUGGGCCAGAAGGGGUGCCCGCACCCAGACUGCCUCCCAUACCCGUCACCACCAGCCUUGGUGCCUGUCCCCUCCCUUCACCCGGCCGAUGGCCCCAAAGUCCAGGCCCCUUCAGAGGAGCCCACGACGACCUGGGCCUUCCCAGCAACAGACGGCACGCUUCCUCUGGGUUUUCUAAACCGAUGAAGAGUUGGAACGGGGCUGUGGCCGUCCCCGGAGGGCCAGGCAGCCCUCCCGUCCCCGGGGCCCCCUCCUUUCUAGCGCAGACACUCCUCCUCUGGGACCAUGGGAAAGGCGCCAUUCCCAGAUGCCGAGAUGCGUCCCUCCAGCAGCCGGCUGAGGCACUAGAAUGAGCCCGUUGUUCUCGAAGACCAGGCCUGGGCCGGGCUGGGAGGAAACCGCGGGCAUUGAAUCUCAGAGUAUCGGUUUCUCCUCCCCCCACCUCAGCUCCCCGCACGCCUGCGAGGGACGGCCAGGCAGAGGGCAGGGGGCUCCGCCUCGGACCCUCCUGCCUGCCCGACUCCCCGAGUUCCCCCAAAGCGCUUCACCUGGAGCCCACAGGCCGGGGUCGGUCAGACUUGUCCCUGAGCGAGUUCAAGGGGAGGAGCCUGUGUUGGGUGAUUGGGAUUCGGGCCCCUCCGUCAGUGAGUGCCUGGGCACAGCCUCCGUCUGGCUCGGGACAGGACCUGGGGCCCCCGGCAGGGAAGCCGGCGCUGGUCGCCCCCCAGGCCCAGUGUGAGCCCUCGGUGUGGGCCGCAUGGGGCCUGAGGACAAGCAAGCAUCCUCUAACAGGUGCAUUCUGGUCUGCAGGGGGAGUCUGGUAUCUUCUUUUUACAGUUCCUAUCUUGAGGCUUUUCUAGACAGAGUCCCAUAUUCACCGUCCAUAUGAGUAAAAAGGAAAAAAGUGAAGCAGCUUUAACGAAACGGAAGUUUAACAACAUAGAAAUUUAAUUCUCUCUCCCAUAAAAAUAAACCCAUGGUCUAGGGCUGUCGAGGCCUCCACAGGGGCAGGGCCUAGAUGUUCCCCUAGAUUUGCUUUGCCACCCUCCGCAUGGCUGGCACUAUGUAGCCAGAAGGUCCAGCCAUCAUAUCCACCUUCGAGUUAGCAGGAAGGAAGGAGGGAGGAGGGAGGAAGGUCCUCUUAUCUUCCCUCAAGGGCAUUUCCUGGAAUUCGCACACCGCACUGGGGCUGUGUUGGCCAGAGCUCCGUUCCAAGGCCACGACUAAAUGUAAGAGAGUCUGGAAGAGGUCGCCUUGAGACUGGCUGGCCAUACGCCCAGGUCAAAGUCAGGGGUUCGUUUACCAGGGAGCGCGCGGCCAGGAUGGGAGCCGCCAGCGGGCAGGACGGCACCUUCCAGGCGAUGCUGACACUCAGCUGGCUCACCCUGGCCGCGUCCGCAGCAGUGGCGGCCGAGUGCCCCGACCGGAGCCCUGAGCUGCAGCCCUGGAGCCCUGGCCACGACCCGGGCCACCGCGUGCACAUCGGCCGGGGCAGGACACUGCUGCUCACGUCUUCUGCCACGGUGAACUCCAUCCACGUCUCAGAGGGAGGAAAGCUGGUCAUUAAGGACCAAGACGAGGCGAUCGUCCUGCGUACCCGGCACAUCCUGGUUGACAACGGAGGGGAGCUGCACGCGGGGAGCGCCCUCUGCCCUUACCAGGGCAACUUCAGCAUCGUUCUGUACGGCAGGGCCGACGAAGGCAUCCAGCCGGACCCCUACUUUGGCCUCAAGUACAUCGGGGUCGGCAGAGGAGGCGUCCUUGAGCUACACGGACAGAAGAAGGUCUCCUGGACGUUUCUGAACAAAACCCUUCACCCAGGCGGCAUGCAGGAGGGGGGCUACUUUUUCGAAAGGAGCUGGGGUCACCGUGGAGUCAUCGUGCAUACCAUCGACCCCAAAUCGGCGACUGUCAUCCACUCCGACCGGUUUGACACCUACAGAUCCAAGAAGGAGAGUGAACGCCUGGUCCAGUACUUGAACGCGGUGCCCGCGGGCAGGAUCCUUUCGGUGGCAGUGAACGACGAGGGGUCCCGGAACCUGGAUGAUGCGGCCAGGAAGGCCAUGACGAAGCUGGGCAGCAAACACUUCCUGCACCUUGGAUUCAGACACCCUUGGAGUUUCCUAACUGUGAAAGGAAAUCCCUCUUCUUCCGUCGAAGACCACAUUGAAUAUCACGGGCACCGCGGCUCCGCUGCUGCCCGGGUGUUCAAAGUGUUCCGGACGGAGCACGGCGAGCAUUUCAACGUUUCUUCAUCCAGCGAGUGGGUUCAAGACGUGGAAUGGACGGGGUGGUUCGACCACGACAAAGUGCCGCAGACUAAAGGCGGGGAGAAAAUUUCAGACCUCCGGGCGGCUCACCCGGGAAAAAUCUGCAACCGCCCCAUCGAUAUACAGGCCACUACGCUGGACGGCGCUAACCUCACCGCCGAGGUUGUCCACAAAAAGGGCCAGGAUUACAGGUUUGCGUGCUACGACCAGGGCCGCCCCUGCCACGGCUACCGCGUGCGGUUCCUCUGCGGGAAGCCUGUGAGACCCAGACUCACCGUCACCAUCGACACCAACGUGAACAGCACCAUCCUGAACCUGGAGGACGAUGUGCGGUCGUGGAAGCCCGGAGACACGCUGGUCGUCGCCAGCACCGAUUACUCCAUGUACCAGGCAGAAGAGUUCCAGGUGCUCCCCUGCAGAGCCUGUGCCUCCAACCAGGUCAAGGUGGCAGGGAAGCCCCUGUACCUGCACAUCGGGGAGGAGAUCGACGGUGUGGACAUGCGGGCGGAGGUCGGGCUCCUGAGCCGGAACAUCGUGGUGAUGGGGGAGAUGGAGGACCAGUGUUACCCCUACAGCAACCACAUCUGCAGCUUCUUUGACUUCGAUACCUUUGGGGGCCACAUCAAGUUCGCGCUGGGCUUUAAGGCGGCCCACCUGGAGGGCGUAGAGCUGAAGCACAUGGGGCAGCAGCUGGUGGGGCAGUACCCCAUUCACUUCCACCUGGCGGGCGACGUGGACGGACGGGGAGGCUACGACCCGCCCACCUACGUCCGGGAGCUCUCCAUCCACCACACGUUCUCGCGCUGCGUCACCGUGCACGGCUCCAACGGCCUGCUGGUCAAGGACGUGGUGGGCUAUAACUCCCUGGGCCACUGCUUCUUCACGGAGGACGGGCCGGAGGAACGCAACACCUUUGACCACUGUCUGGGCCUCCUGGUCAAGUCUGGAACCCUCCUCCCCUCCGACCGGGACAGCAAGAUGUGCAGGAUGAUCACGGAAGACUCGUACCCGGGCUACGUCCCCAAGCCCCGGCAGGACUGCAACGCAGUGUCCACCUUCUGGAUGGCCAACCCCAACAACAACCUCAUCAACUGUGCGGCCGCGGGCUCCGAGGAAACCGGAUUCUGGUUCAUUUUUCACCACGUUCCGACGGGCCCGUCGGUGGGAACGUACUCGCCAGGUUACUCCGAGCACAUCCCGCUGGGAAGGUUCCACAAUAACCGAGCACACUCCAACUACCGCGCUGGCAUGAUCAUUGACAACGGGGUCAAAACUACGGAGGCCUCUGCCAAGGACAAGCGGCCCUUCCUGUCCAUCAUCUCUGCCAGGUACAGCCCUCACCAGGAUGCCGACCCGCUGAAGCCCCGGGAGCCGGCCAUCAUCAAACACUUCACGGCCUACAAGAACCAGGACCACGGGGCCUGGCUGCGCGGCGGGGACGUGUGGCUGGACAGCUGCCGGUUCGCUGAUAAUGGCAUCGGCCUGACCCUGGCCAGCGGCGGGACCUUCCCGUAUGAUGAUGGCUCCAAGCAGGAGAUCAAGAACAGCCUGUUCGUCGGCGAGAGUGGCAACGUGGGGACGGAGAUGAUGGACAACAGGAUCUGGGGCCCCGGUGGCCUGGACCACAGCGGGAGGACCCUCCCUAUAGGCCAGAAUUUUCCGAUCCGAGGAAUUCAGUUCUAUGACGGCCCCAUCAACAUCCAGAACUGCACCUUCCGCAAGUUUGUGGCCCUGGAGGGCCGGCACACCAGUGCCCUGGCCUUCCGGCUGAACAACGCCUGGCAGAGCUGCCCCCAUAACAAUGUGACCGACAUUGCCUUUGAGGAUGUCCCGAUUACUUCCAGAGUGUUCUUCGGAGAGCCGGGGCCCUGGUUCAACCAGCUGGACAUGGAUGGGGAUAAGACGUCCGUGUUCCAUGAUGUCGACGGCUCUGUGUCCGAGUACCCGGGGUCCUACCUCACCAAGGACGACAACUGGCUGGUCCGGCACCCGGACUGCAUCAACGUCCCCGACUGGAGAGGGGCCAUCUGCAGCGGGCGCUACGCACAGAUGUACAUUCAGGCCUACAAGACCAGCAACCUACGGAUGAAGAUCAUCAAGAACGACUUCCCCAGCCGCCCCCUCCACCUGGAGGGGGCCCUGGCCCGGAGCACCCAUUACCAGCAGUACCAGCCGGUGGUCGCCCUGCAGAAGAGCUACACCGUGCACUGGGACCAGCCGGCGCCCGCCGAGCUGGCCAUCUGGCUCAUCAACUUCAACAAGGGCGACUGGAUCCGAGUGGGGUUCUGCUACCCCCGCGGCACGUCCUUCUCCAUUCUCUCCGACGUGCACAACCGCCUGCUGAAGCAGACAUCCAAGACGGGCACCUUCGUGCGGACCCUCCAGAUGGACAAGGUGGAACAGAGCUUCACGGGCAGGGGCCACUACUACUGGGACGAGGACUCAGGGCUGUUGUUCCUGAAGCUGAGAGCCCAGAACGAGAGGGAGAGGUUCGCCUUCUGCUCCAUGAGAGGCUGCGAGCGAAUCAGGAUCAAGGCCCUGAUCCCCAAGAACGCGGGCGUCAGCGACUGCACGGCCACCGCCUACCCCAGGUUCGCCGAGAGAGCAGUGGUGGACGUGCCGAUGCCCAGGAAGCUCCGUGGUGCCCAGCUGAAGACAAAAGACCGCUUCCUGGAGGUGAAGAUGGAGAGUUCCAGGCAGCGUUUCUUUCACCUCCUGAGCGACGUGGCUUACAUUGAAGUGGACGGGACAAGGUACCCCAGCUCCGAGGACGGCAUCCAGAUGGUGGCGAUCGACGGCAGCCGCGGGCACGUGGUGAGCCACACGAGCUUCAGCAGCACCAUGCUGCAGGGCGUCCCGUGGCAGCUGUUCAGUCACGUGGCGGCCAUCCCCGACAACUCCAUUGUGCUCGUGGUGUCGAAGGGACGAUACACGUCCAGGGGCCUGUGGACCAGAGUGCUGGAAAAGCUCGGUGCAGAUAAAAGCCUCAGGUUGAAAGAGAAAAUGGCGUUCGUUGGCUUCAAAGGGAGCUUCCGGCCCACCUGGGUGACUCUGGACACCGAGGACUAUGGUGCCAAAAUCUUCCAAGUGGUGCCCAUCCCCGUGGUGAGGAAGAAGAAACUGUGAGGACGCCAGCCACCUCGUGUCGCUCCGCAGUGGACGGUGGACUCUUGGCCACGGGCCAGGCGGGACGGCUGGCUCCCCCUGGGAAGGGCCGGGGCAGCCCUGACGGGCUGGGGGAGGGUAUCAGAGACCCUGGCGCGGCCACCCGCCCCCACUCCAGCGUCUCCCUGCGGCCCCCGGGGGGGCAGCCGACCGUGCUGGAAACCUUCCUUCCUGCAGCCUCUCGGGUGCUUCUCUCCUACCUGUGCCUCUUCGGUGGGGGGGCGCGGGGGCCACGCAAGGAGACCCGAGCUGCACUGGCGGCAGGAGCCCUGACCCGGCCGUUCACAGACCCUGCGCUCUCCAGCGCGCACGGCAGGCUGGUCGAUACGGGGGGAAAGGGAGCCGUGAGCAGACACCAACCUUCAAGGGGUCGGGAGCCGGUGUGUAGAUGCAGCCGGCCAGGACGGGACCAGCUCCCCUCGGGGGACGGGUGAGCCCUGCCUCUGGAGGGUUCACCUGACCGUUCAGGAGGCCUCGGGUCCCGGGAUGGGGGCGGGGGACGAGGUGACUUUUAGAGGCCCUCUGCGUUCUGAGACCACACUGCACGCGGAAGCCAGCGGCAGACGCGAGGGUGCCGUGUGGCUGGGCGCCCUGGGCCGUGAGGGCGGAGCUGCGGGAGGUCCGGCCUGGGGUCCGGGCUCGCAGGCUGCAGGACGGGCGGGCUCAGAAGAAGACCGGGCGAGGAUCCCGCGUGCUCGGGUGGGUCAGGACGCGGCCUGCAGGAGGAGGAAGGGGGCGGGUACCUUGGAGGGCGGGCUCGGGCAGCACCCCCCCCCCACCCAGUAGCUCGGAGGUGCUCCCACCUGCUGAAGCUGCUGACCGCUGGGUCACCCUGUGCCUGCAGCUUGCUGGCCCACCCAGCGAGGCCGCACGUGGCGGGGGGGGGGGGGGGGGGGUCGCCGGGCCGGCCCGAGGUGCCCAGAGCACUGAGCACCUCCUGGCCCGGCCCCAGGGCGGGCUGGACCAAGUGGAGGGAAGUGAGCUCCUACCUGGGGCCUCAUUUGUUCUUUAUCCCGAGACCUGGGAACGCGCUCUCACCUCAGGAGCCCGAGGUUUCAGAGUCGGAGAGGACCUUAGGGUACGUCCAGUCCAAGACCCUCCUUUCACGGAGGGGGCGUGUGAGACCCCGAGAUGGGGAAGAACCACGCGACCAGGCCGGGGCCGGGCCGAGAGGCCCCCGCCCAGCACCUGCCGCCACACCACAUUGCCUCCACAACCGGCCCUGGGUGCUCCCGCCGGAGCUCCCCGAACAGGGACGAGUCCCCUGAAAAAGUCAUCAGAAUACAGAGAAUUGGCCGAUGGCUGUUUCCCUCCAGGCCCACUGCCUGCCCCGCGGGUUGGGGCGGCCCUGCGGCCCCCGCUUGCCUGGUGGCCACGGCCGUCCCGCUGGUGCUACCCGAGUGCAGGUGCACAGGUGCGGCCCAGUGGCGGGCUUGCGUCAACACUUUGGGUGAGCCGGCUCGGCUGCUGGGAUCGGGGGCUCGCAGCUACCCGCUGACCCCCGAGCUGUCUGCCUCGCCCACCCUCCGCCCUGCAGGGAGCUCCGAGAGCUCCUGAGGGGGGGGACCCCUUCUGGGGUUCACACUCUCCCGGGGGGCCCCAGGGUCACGCCGAGCUGCAUCUCCCCCUUUCCUGCGCCAACCACACGCUCUUGGCAACUCUUCCUUCGAAGACGGCCUUCUCUGUCCCUCUGCAGCCGCGGCCCUCGGGAGGGGUCCCCUCCCCAGGCUGAGCCGACUGCCAGAGCGGUUUCCCGGAGCACGGUCCGUCCAGCUGCUGGGAGGCGAGGGUGGGACACGGCAGGGGCCGUGCUCCCGGAAGAAGCCUCUUCCACGCAGAUUCCCGGCGACGGGUGGGGAGGGGAGUCGUGACCUCACGUCCCCGUCUGCAGUUCUGUGGAGUUUUUCAAACUCUGUCGACGCGAGGGUCUCACACUGUGAACCAGCUAGGGUGGGGUCGCUUCCGGUGGCCGGGAGUGUGGACAGUCUUUGGUUCGGUUGGUUUCAGAGAGCGUAUCUGUUUGAAAAUGCUCAGAGUUGUACACACGCCCAGCAGCUCAGGGUCCGUGCGCGCACUCUCCCUCCGACGCUGGCCAGCAAGAGCCAGGGGCCCGGCGUGCGCUUGGUGGCACACGUUUUCUCACCGCCUGGAAAAUCGCUCCCACGGUUCUGUCUGUCGGCGUCCAAAUGAGUUAGGCCCUCUGGGGCGAGCCACACUCCCCUGAAAUGCUGGUCUCUUUCCUGUUGCCGAAACGGCUGGUCCUUUUUCGGGAAUUAGAUGUUUUGUUCGUAAACGUUUCUCAUAGGUGUUGCCACGAACAAAGAUGUGUUUUCUAUUUAUUUAUUAUGUAUGCACUUGGAGAAGUCGUCGUGGGGGAAAUGGAUCGUCCUAAAUGUCCCGUUCGGGGAUGUCCUUUGGACCACGUACCCGGAACCUUCUGCUGGUGGCCGAGGGCACUGGCUGUGGUUUGGAAAACCUUGUACCAUAGUAAACAUACAAAGGAUCUCA